AUGCCUCCCCCGGCGGGGCUGCUCCCCUGGCCUUCCCCGACCGCCCCGGCGCCGCGUAUCACCACCACGACCCAGCCGCGACCCCCGCCUCGCGUUCGCCCUCCUCCUCCUCCCCCUCCCCCUCGCCGUGCCCCGCCGCCACCUCCGCGGCUCAAGCCGGUCGUCGCGCCAAAACCGGCCGCCUCCCUGCCCCCGCCGCCCGCCAUUGUCUCCACCAUGGACCCCGCCUCCACCUGCCUCAACUGCACUCACUUCGGCUCGUGUUCCGGGUGCACUCACGAGUUCGACCUCGACAAGCCGCCGGUGCUGCAGGAGGUGGCGGAUUUCUUCAGUGGCCACGGAAUCGAAGACUUCACAUUCAGCAGGGGCAGGCUGUCAGAAUGGCGGUGCCGGGCGAAGCUAGCGGUACGUGGAACACCAGAGAAGCCGCUGAUUGGCCUGUAUCAAGAAGGGACACAUACUGUUCAAGAUAUUCCCGAUUGCAGAGCCCAUCACCCAAGCAUUAACUAUGCUAUUAAGCUUCUGAAGCAAGGUAUAUCUGAGCUCAGUGUGCAGCCUUUUGAUGAAGAUGCUGGUACUGGUGAACUAAGAUACGUGCAGAUGACCGUGACGACAUAUAACACGUCUAUUCCCGUUGCGCAAAGAUACGAGCAAGCGAGAGUUCAAGUUUCAUUCGUUUGGAAUUCAAGAGACGAGCGCUCCAAAAAUUCAGAGAAGUUGAGUUUGUUGCAAGAAUUCUUAUGGACAAAUGGUGGACCAAGAAGUAAUUUGCAUGUGAUUCACUCUAUAUGGGCCAAUUUCCAGACAUCAACCAGCAAUAUAAUUUUUGGGCAUAAAUGGAGACAUAUCGGCGGGGAGGCAGAUCUGUGGGAGCGUUUUGGGGGAGUUGAUAUUUGUCUUGACCCUUAUAGCUUUGGGCAGGCCAAUACUCUGUCUUUUAACUCGUUACUGCAUAAGUUGAUCAAAUAUGUACCACGGGGCUCAACAGUUGUUGAUUUAUACUCUGGUGCCGGUGUUAUUGGGUUAGCCAUCGCGGCUUCUAGGAAAUGCAGGUCUGUGAGAUGUGUUGAGAUCAAUAAAAUGUCGAAAUUGUCUUUUGAGAAGUCAGCAAGCCGACUUCCACCAAACCUGGGUUGCACCAUAACUUGGCACAAUACUGAUGCUUCAGCUGAACCCAUUCACUGGCUUGAAGGGUCAAGUGUUGCUAUCGUGGAUCCUCCCAGGAAAGGACUGCACCCUUCUGUUAUCAAUGCUCUACAGAGAGUUGCUUUGUCUGAGCGCAAGGCGUUCAAGGCCAAAAGUUCACUUACAAAGGUCAAAGAUGAGAAGAGACCAUGGAUCCUGCGAGCAAGGGAACCAGCUGUUCAUGUUGAUAGUACAAUCAUGGAAGAAAGUAGUGGAAUAUGGCCAGAGACCCUCAUAUACAUCAGCUGCGGAUGGGACAGUUUUAAAAAGGACUGCAAAAGCUUGAUAUCCAACGAGGCCUGGCAUUUGGAGAAUGCACAUGCUUUUAACUUCUUCCCUGGCACUGAUAGCAUCGAAGUCCUGGCGAUCUUCAGACGGGACUCUGGAAUUGCUCAGAAGAAAAGAAAAACGAAAACAAAAGCAAAAACGAAAACAAAAGCGAAAAAGAAGAAAACCAAGCCAUCGAAAGUCUGA